UUAAAAGGAAGUUGGGGAUAGGGAGGAAGCUGAUCGGGGGUAGAUAACGUUAGGGACAGAGAAGAUUGCAAUUUUCGACGAGGGUGAGAGUGGGAAGGACCCCCAGAAAAAUGGCGCUACUAAAACAAGGGCAGCUGUACACACUCCCGGCUUUGGUUCUUUUUGUUAUUGUUUCUGUAACGCUACUCUCUCUCAACCCCUCCGCUGUGUGCGAGGCUAGGGCUGCGAUGAGGUCGACAGAUGAGGCUGAAUCCUACAAUAAAUACUACAAUUACGCCGAUCUAACUCGGCUCCUGAAGUCUUUGGCCCAAAAAUACCCUCAUAUUGCUAAUUUGUCCAGCGUGGGCCAGUCGGUACAGGGAAGGGAGUUAUGGGUGAUGAGAAUUACACAGAACGCCGCCGCGGAUGUCCCAGGGAAACCUAAAGUAAAAUACGUGGGGAACAUGCACGGGGACGAGACGGUGUCCCGACAGGUUUUGGUGUACCUGGUGGAGCACCUGCUGACCAGAUAUGGAGAGGAUCCGAGGGUAACGGAACUGGUCAACAACACCGAUAUAUACAUCAUGCCCAGCAUGAAUCCGGACGGCUUUGAGAAGUCAGUGGAAGGGGACUGUCGGGGCGAAAACGGAGGCCGGGAGAAUGCCAAAAACAUCGACUUAAACAGAAGUUUCCCCGACCAGUUUGACACUAUAAACGUCCGAAAUGAGGACAUUCCAGAAGUUGUGGCCGUCAUUAAAUGGAUCCUGGAAAACAAGUUCGUCCUGUCCGGGAACCUGCACGGCGGCACCGUUGUGGCCAGCUACCCCUUCGACGACUCCCCCUCUCACGACCCGGAGGGGCAUUACAGCCGCUCCUCCGAUGACGCGCUCUUCCGACACCUGGCGCUGACCUACGCACAACACAACCCCGUCAUGAGAACGGGGGACCCUAAAUGCCCGGACAGCCCUCAGGAGAGGUUCAAGGACGGCAUCACAAACGGGGCCGAGUGGUACGACGUGUCCGGAGGGAUGCAGGACUAUAACUACCUGAAGGGGAACUGCCUGGAGAUCACCAUGGAGCUGACGUGCUGUAAGCAUCCCCCAGUCGCACAGCUGCAGACGGAGUGGGACAAUAACCGCGAGUCCCUGCUGGCCUACAUGGAACAGGCGCACAUUGGCGUUCGUGGCUACGUCAAAGAAGCCAGGAACGGGACUGCGCUCUCUGACGUGAGGAUAGAGGUCACAGGCAUCAACCACAACGUGACCACGUGGAAGUUUGGGGACUAUUACCGCCUGCUGCUGCCGGGGACCUACAACAUCACAGCUAGUGCCCCCGGGUACCUGCCCUUGACUGUAGUUGGCGUGCAGGUGGUAGAGGGCAAGGCCACGGAGCUCAACUUCACCCUGGCUCCGGUGACAGAGGAAACCCCGCCCUCCACCACUGCCUCCACCCCUGCAGUUCCCACCACUCCCUCUGGGGGCAGCGGUGAGACCCCGGCCUCUAACGGGAGCACGGCCCACACGGUCCCGCCGGAGCAGCAGCCCCUGCAGCCCCAGGACUUCCGCCACCACCACUACUCUGACAUGGAGCUCUUCCUGCGGCGCUACAGCACCGACUACCCCGCCAUCGCCAAACUCUACUCCAUCGGCAAGUCCGUGGAGAACCGCGAGCUGUACGUCAUGGAGAUCUCCGACAACCCAGGCGUCGAAGAGAAAGGUGAACCCGAGUUCAAAUACAUCGGCAACAUGCACGGGAACGAGGUGGUCGGGAGGGAGGUGCUCCUCAACCUCAUCGAGUACCUGUGCCGUAACUAUGGAAGCGACCCUGAGGUCACGCAGCUUGUCAACAGCACCCGCAUCCACAUCAUGCCCUCCAUGAACCCGGACGGGUACGAGGUUGCGCAGGAAGGAGAUAUCAAGGGUUACGCCGGGCGCAACAACAGCAACAACUUCGACCUGAACCGGAACUUUCCGGACCAGUUCCUCUCCAUCCCGGACCCCAGGCAGCCCGAGACCAUCGCGGUGAUGAACUGGAUGAGCAAGCACCACUUCGUGCUGUCCGCCAACCUGCACGGAGGGUCUCUGGUGGUGAACUACCCCUAUGAUGACAACGCUCAGGGCGUGAAGGCCUACAGCCAGUCUCCCGAUGACGCCGUGUUUAAGAUGGUGUCACUGGCAUAUGCUCAGGGAAACCCACUGAUGAAAGCAGGCAAGCCGUGUGCAGAGAUUUACCCCUCCGAGUUCUUCCCUGAUGGCAUCACCAACGGGGCGGGCUGGUACAAUGUGCCAGGGGGCAUGCAGGACUGGAACUACCUCAACACCAACUGCUUUGAGGUGACCAUUGAGCUGGGCUGCAUCAAGUACCCCCUGGCCAAAGACCUUCCGAUGUAUUGGGAACAGAACCGCCACGCCCUGCUUCAGUUCAUCCACCAGGUGCACAGGGGAUUGAAAGGGACGGUGAUGGACAGCAAAGACGGGACGGGGAUCUCCAACGCCACCAUCACGGUGGCAGAGGUGGACCACCCCGUCACCACCGACAAGGCGGGUGACUACUGGCGCCUCCUGGUGCCGGGGACGUACCAGCUGACGGCGUCCGCGCGCGGGUACACCCCCGUCACGGUCUACGCCACGGUGCCUGAGGAGGGGGUGGAGGUGGUGGACUUCCGGCUGACCCGGGUGCGCAGCGAGGAGACGGGCCCCGCGGAGGAGGAGUUCCAGCGCUUCAUCAAGGAGCUGUCGUCCGAGCGUGGCCUGGACCGGCUGCUGCAGAGCACCGCCACGCAGAGCAGCUUCCGCUACCGGCCCUACAACGAGCUGUCCGAGUUCCUGCGCGGCCUCACCUACAACUUCCCCAAGAUCACGCGCCUGCACAAUCUGGGGCGGAGCUGGGAGUUCCGGAUCAUCUGGGCCCUGGAGAUCUCCAACAAGCCGGAGGAGGAGGAGCCCGCUGAGCCCAAGAUCCGAUUCGUGGGCGGUAUCCACGGCAACGCGCCUGUGGGGACGGAGCUGCUGCUGGAGUUUGCGGCGUUCCUGUGCAUCAAUUACGGCAAGAGUCCGGCGCUCACCAAGUUGAUUGACAACACAAGGAUCGUGAUCCUGCCCCUCGUAAACCCUGACGGGCGAGAGCUUGCCCAGGAGAAGCACUGCACUUCCACAGUGGGUCAGACAAAUGCCCACGGCAAGGACCUGGACACAGAUUUCUUUGGAAACGCAACACAGCACUACCUAGAGGUGCAGCCCGAGACCCAGGCAGUCAAGGGGCUAAUCCUGGAGAAAGGCUUUGCUCUCUCUGUGGCCCUGGAUGGCGGGUCUCUGCUGGCCACAUACCCGUAUAACAAGCCUGUUCAGCCAGUGGAGAAUGAAGACACGCUGAAGUACCUGGCUUCGGUUUAUGCCAACAACCAUCCCACAAUGCACUUGGGCCGUCCCGGGUGUCCAAACAGCCAAGUGGAGAACAUUCCGGGUGGAGUCCUUCGGGCAGCGGAGUGGCACAGUCAUAUGGGCAGUAUGAAGGAUUUCAGUGUGGAUUUUGGACACUGUCCUGAGAUCGCUGUCUACACCAGCUGCUGCCUGUUUCCAGCUGCGGACCAGCUCUCCCUGCUGUGGGCGGAGAACAGGAAGUCCUUGCUCAGCAUGCUGGUGGAGGCGCAUAAGGGUGUGAGGGGCCAGGUGAAGGAUAAGAGUGGGAAGCCGAUUGAGGGGGCCAUGAUCGUGCUGAAUGGCGGUGUGCGGGUUUUCUCCAAUGAAGGGGGGUAUUUCCACGCUCUGCUUGCCCCUGGGGCUCAUAACAUCGAGGCCCUAGCUGAGGGGUACCAGCAGCAGCGAAAAGAGGUGUUUGUGUCAUCAUACGAAGCUGCCAGCUCCAUUAUCAUCGAGUUCGACAUGGACGACCGCAUCUUCGGCCUGCCCCGGGAGUUUGUGGUGGCUACAGCAGCAGCCUCCAUGACAGCGCUGGUGGUCACCGCCUGCAUCAUCUGGUGCGUGUGCUCCGCCAAAUCCAACCGGCAGAAGGACGGCUUCCACCGGCUGCGGCAGCACCGCGACGACUACGAGGACGAGAUCCGCCUCACCUCCAUGGGCUCCAAGAAGUCCCUGCUGAGCCACGAAUUCCAGGACGAGAGCGAGAGCGAGGAGGACACGCUGUACGCCAACAAGCUCUGAGGCCCCGCCCACCACGCCAUCCACCCCCCUCCCCCUCCC